AUGGCCGGGGGUGGAGCAGUUGAAGCAUGUAAUCUUGGUCUUGGACGCCAGGGGUUCCGCAUCAAUGGAUUCCACCUGAGAAGAACCUCCAGUGGAGAGGGGAGGAGCAGGUGCGGCCGGUGUUGGAUUCCUAGGCUUGAAGUGUCUGGCUUGUUUCUGUUUGCACGGCGGAACGAACUCGCCCUCUUCCUGGAAACGGCGGUUAUCUUGGCUGUACGCAGGGCGCCCUGCCCCGUCGUACCUGAAAGAUUGCCCCGCGGGCCAGCGAUCUGGCGAGCGCUCUCGCUCCCAAUCCCUCUGGCGGAGAUCUUGCUCGCGUUCAGCGCGGUGGCGCAGCUCGAGUUCACGACGGCGCUCUGCCGGCGGAACCGGAUCUUCAUAGGGACGCUUGUUGGGCUGGCGAUCGGCACGAUUGCGAUCCAUGGAUUCUCUGCUAUGGCGGUGCCAACAUCGGCGGACGAGACCGACGAGCAGCUGCUUGAACGGUUCAAGGCGGCGGUGCGGAACAAGAGGGAGCUCGGGGGCUGGAUCCGCGGCGACAGCGUGUGCCAGUUCCCCGGCGCGGGGUGCGUCGGGAGCAGGCUCUCGUCCCUGUCCCUAGCUGGUGUCCCGCUCGACGUCGACUUCCGCGCCGUCGCCGGCACGCUGCUGCGGCUGGGCAGCGUCCGGACGGUCAGCCUGCGAGGCGCCAACGUGACCGGCUCGCUCGAGGAUGCCUCCGGCGAACGGUUGAGGUGCGGCCACAUGCUGGCCAAGCUCGACCUGUCCGGGAACGGCGCGCUGCUGCGCGGACACGUCGCCGAUGCCGCCGUGCUCGCCGGCGCGUGCGGCGGUCUGAGGGAGCUGAACCUUUCUCGCAACGCUCUUGUUGGUGGACGCCGGAAGGGAGACGGAGGAGUCGCAGGCUUCGCCGGUUUGGAUGUCCUUGACCUCUCCUACAACAGGAUUGCCGGCGACCUUAGCUGGAUUGCGAGCGCCGUGGGUGUCUGGCACCUGGGCCUCGCAGGGAACAUGAUCUCCGGCUUGAUCCCGCCGCUCUCCAACUGUUCCAGAAUGGAGUCGCUCGAUCUGUCCCGCAACGACAUCUCCGGCGAGGUUGUGCCCGGUGUCAUCUCCGGCUGCAGCGCUCUGGUUACGCUCGACCUGUCCAACAACCUCAACCUGACGGGCGCUUUCCCGCCGGACAUCUUGGGGUUUGCAUCGCUCUCCUACCUCAACCUGUCGUUCAACAGCUUCUCCGACGGGCUCCCAGCCGGCGACUCUCUCGCUGCUGGAAUCCCACGUGUCGCAACGCUCUCUCUAUCAUACAACUACUUCAACGGCUCCCUCCCGGACACCAUGGGCUCGCUUGCCGAACUCACGACGCUGGAGCUCAACUCAAACGCGCUCACUGGCGUUAUACUGCCGUCGUUCUGCCCGAGCACUGGCACCUCCAAGCUCGAGGUGCUCCACCUGCAGAACAACUACCUCACAGGAGGCAUCCCGCCGUCCAUCUCCAACUGUGCAAGCCUCCAGUCUCUCGACCUCGCCCUCAACUACAUCAACGGCUCGAUCCCCACAUCCCUCGGUGACCUAUCCCUUCUCCGAGACAUCAUCCUGUGGGAGAACCAACUGCAUGGCGAGAUCCCGGCAUCACUGGCUAGCACUCGCGGGCUCCAGCACCUCAUCCUCGAUUACAACGGGCUCACAGGCGGCAUCCCACCGGAGCUGGUGAACUGCCAUGAUCUGAUCUGGUUAUCCCUCGGUAGCAACAAGCUCUCCGGACCGGUGCCGCCAUGGCUUGGGCAGCUAGACAACAUGGCGAAUUUGAAGCUGAACAACAACUCCUUCUCGGGCCCGAUACCGCGCGAGCUAGGAGAUUGCAAGAGAUUGAUUUUACUGGACCUCAACAACAACCAGCUAAGUGGACCAAUACCGCCGGAGCUAGCGAGGCAGUCCGGGAAGGUUCCCAUCCUCGAUUCCGGGCGGACGUCCACCUACUUGCGCAACCAAGGGUCGCGGACCGGCGAAUGCCACGACAGUGGGAACCUGCUCCACACCAGCGGCAUCCGUUCCGAUGAUCUGAACCGGAUGGCCAGCAAAAAGCUAUGCAACUUCAUCGUGCUGCACCUCAGCUGCCCAGAUUUUACUUCCACUCUAAAUGCCUCCAUGGAAUACCUGGACCUAUCCUUCAACCAGCUCGAUUCCGAGAUCCCCAAGGAGCUUGGGAACAUAAACUACCUCUUUCUCAUUAAUCUUGGGAGCAAUUUGCUCUCUGGUGCUAUCCCUGACGAGCUUGGAGACGCCAAGACACUGUCCUCGCUUGACCUGUCACAUAACCAGUUGGAAGGCCCAAUUCCUGGAUCGUUGUCCACGCUGGGAUUAUUGCAGUAUAUUGACUUGUCAUACAAUAAGCUCAAUGGAUCAGUACCGGUCCUAGGAUCUCUUGCCACGUUUCCAGAGAGCCAGUAUGAGAACAACUCUGGGUUGUGUGGUAUCCCUCUGCCUCCGUGCUUACCAAUUUCGUCUCUACAUGGCCGGCACCAUUCAGGUCAUAAUUACCACCUCUUGAAGCUGACAAUAUUAUUGGCAUGUGUCACUGUAGCUCUUGGUGUUAUUGGUUUUUUCUUAUACCUAGCAAUGAUAAAGAAAACUGAGAAAGGUCAGGUCAGAGCUUCUGUUGAUGACCCAGUAGGCCAUCAAUUAAUUUCUCAUCUUGAGCUUGUUCACGCCACCGAUAAAUUUAAUGAAGACAACAUGCUCGGUUCAGGAGGAUUUGGAAAAGUGUUCAGGGGCCAACUAAGCAACGGCUCCGUAGUUGCAGUGAAGGUUCUCGACAUGCGAUCCGAGCAAACCACUAGAAGCUUUGACGCCGAGUGCCGUGUGCUUCGCAUGGCGCGACACCGUAACCUCAUACAGAUAAUCAACGCAUGCUCUAACAUGGACUUCAGAGCAAUGGUGUUACAGUACAUGCCAAAUGGAAGCUUAGACACGCUGCUGCACCACUCCCACUUGAGAGAAAGGCAAUUUGGGUUCCAUGAGAGGCUAGGUGUUAUGCUCGAUGUGUCAAUGGCCUUGGAGUAUCUGCACCAUGGAUAUCAUGAAGUGGUUUUGCAUUGCGACCUGAAGCCAAGCAAUGUUUUAUUUGACGAGGACAUGAUCGCACAUGUGGCGGACUUUGGCAUUGCAAGGCUACUACAAGGAAAUGAUAGCUCAACGAUCGCGUCAAACAUGCCCAGUUCCAUUGGGUACAUGUCACCAGAGUAUGGAUCAUACGGAAAAGCAUCAAGAAAGAGUGACGUGUUCAGCUACGGUAUAAUGCUCCUUGAAGUUUUCACCGGAAGGAAGCACUACGGGAGAAGAGGACGUUGCCGUGCAAGCAAAAUACAUGGCAAAGGGCAUAAUUUGCACGGCAAAGCCUUCGCCGUGCAACUCCGCCCGGCAAAGUUCGGACGGCAACAAAUUGGUUUGCUCUGCACCAAGGACUCGCCUAAAGACAGGAUAAAGAUAAGUGAUGUGGUCCUGAGGCUAACCAAGAUUCAAAUCGCGUACACCAAAUGGACAACAAGGCAUAAUGAUUUAUGA